AUGGUUCCAGGCCCAGUAUUCAUUGCUCUGCUGGUGCUUGCUGGCUCGCAUGUCGCCGCAGCUUUUGGCUGGCGAGGUCAGCCCAAGGUCAGCUCGCAGAGUCACGACAGUCUCCAGACACGAUUCCAUUACGACACUACCCGACAGCCAAACGCCGUACGCAACCCUAUGACGGUGUAUGAAAUUGCUCUUCGAGAGCUCCAACAACUCGAGUCGGAGCCCGCCUGCCACCGUACGGCAGCUCGACUCCUCGUCGACAAUUGCCAGGUUCUCGAUGGCAAAGACGAGGCGACUAUUCUGACCGACAGUGGCAGACAAAUUCGAGACUUUGUCGAUGCUUAUGCCGCUAGCUUGGCAAUCUGUGAUCUUGAGCGUGGUAGCUUCAUCAUACCUACAGAAUGCGAAAAUUUCCGCGAGCCAACACUGCGACAACUCUCUCUAGGAGAUUCAGCCCAUCUACACGUCAGCUCAAAGGAGAUCGAUCGCUGCCUGUCUGGCCUGGGAGCUUCAGAUUCUGGAUGGAACACUUGGAUCAGCUAUCGUCACAAGGCUCUAAGAUUCUGUGAGGCAGCUCGAGCAGAGAAUGAAAAAGCCGAGCACAUUCGUAUUUUCCAACGUGUUGCAAAGAUCAUGAAUGGAAUGGCAGAAGGCGUUGAACAGCAAGUUGAAAAGCGAAUGGCUGAUUUGGAACACAAGUUCCGAGCCACUGACGGCCGUCUGGAGCAACUCUCGCCCAAAUUGGAUCGCAUCAGCGCUGGUCUUCAUGAUAUUGACAGUAUCAUGACAGUUGAUUUGGCCUCGGCUCUACAGCGAUCAGCAGAUACAGUUGACGCAGGCAUGAACAGCGCAGCAAAUUUGCAGCGAGCCCUGGAGAUUCUGCUUGAGACUGUCCUUUCGACCAUUGCCGAAGCCGCAAGUGCCCAUGAAAAGUCAAUCAGCAUCAUCUCUGAGAGGACGAACUCGGAGUUUUCCGUGUUCUUGACAGCAAUGAAUACUGCUGUCGCCUCUGCUUCCUCGCUGCAGAAUCAGAUUGACCUUGCACACCGUCAGAGUGCUGAAUUGGAGUAUCGACAAGCUCACCUAGAAGAGGGUAUGGUACGUCUCAUUGACGUUACGGAGAUCCUUACCGGGAAGUACGACCAACAUACACAUCUUCUACAAGGGGCGCAGAAUAUGACACAGGAGAUUCUUGACACCCUAGAGGUCACUGCAUCAUCUGCAUCCACAAUUGGUGACACUUUUGCGAGACAAUCUUCAGUCGCUUCAUGGUGGCCGUACGUUUGGUGUCCAGCGGCGUCUUUAGUCAUGGGAUCAUAUGGCCUUGCUCCUUCUGCAGCCCGCAAUCUUGCCUUGGUGGCACUAGGCGAGAUCAUGGGAUUUGUGGUAUCAUCAGCUCAAUCGCUUUCUUUAGUCCAGUUCUCAACCUUCAAACAGGACUUCUUCAGCGCGAUGGUCCCUGCAACGUUCUUCAUGUCCACCCACACAACACCAACUUAUGAUAAUGGCACAGCAUAG